CAAGUGAAUUGAUUUUAAUUAAGUCCCAUCUAGCUAUCGAAAACCUCCCAACCAGACCUCAUCAAAAUGACUGUGACACAGCUGCCACUCGUUGACUUUGGUCAGUUUCUACAUGGAAAUGCUGAUCAACGGCAACAAGCGGCGAAGAAACUUGUUGACUCGUUCGUGAAUCACGGCUUUGUUCGUCUAAAGAAUCACGGUAUAUCUCGGGACUUUGUGCAGCAAAUCUGGGAAUGGGAUCGGGCAUUCUUUCAGUUGCCAGACGAUGUGAAAAUGAAGAUUGUUCAUCAUCCAGGCUCGGAUUUACAACGAGGAUGGAGUCGUAAGGGUACGGAAACAACGUCCAGGUUGCGAAAGGAAAACGCCGAGACCUCACCGAAAGGAAAGGGUGAACUACUAGAUGAGAAGGAGCACUUUGACUGCGGUCCUCGAGGGGAUACCGAGUUCCCCAACAAAUUUCCCAGCGAAGAGGACCUUCCUGGAUUCAAGGCAUUCAUUGAACAGUAUUUCGAUCUGGUACAGGACGUGUCUCUUGAUAUCAUGCGGGCAUGCGAAGUUGGCUUUAAGAUGCCCGAAAACUCGCUCGUUGACCGAUGCAUUCCCGCAGCUUCAGAGCUUCGUCUGCUUCACUAUCCGCCGGUCUCUCUAGAAAGACUUCAAACCGGAACAAUCAAGCGUGCAUGGCCGCACACAGACUUCGGAAUCAUUACACUUUUGUUCCAAGACAGCCUUGGAGGUCUUGAAUUCGAAGAUAGAAACAAACCGUUCACCUUUGUGCCUAUUAUUCCAUCCGAUGACAACGAGCUCAUUGUCAACACGAGCCAAACCUUCCAGCGCUGGACUAACGGGGUUGUCAAGGCUGGCCUUCAUCAGGUGAAUGUACCGCCCCAUAUGUCUACCAUUACGGAGGGUUACAUUCCUGAGCGAUAUUCUUCCGUGUUCUUCUUGAAGGCGCACCGAGAGAUUUCCGUUGGGCCAAUUGAGCAGUUUGUGACGGAGGAGAGGCCGGCAAUAUACCCGGAUAUAACUGCUCUCCAGUACCAGCAGGAGAUGACAGAAAUCUUGUAUUAGAGGAUUUUAACUACAAGUCUAGAGUAGCAUAGACUGAAUGAAG